AUGGAGGACACCGGAGCCCCCCUGCUCUGCUUCCCUAGCAUCAACUCCUCCUGCCUCCGCCGGCUGCUGCGGCCUCACUCUGAGACCACGCUCCUCUAUGCCCUGGUGGCCUCUGCCUCUCUGCUCACUGUGACGCUCAACCUGCUCGUCAUCAUCUCCAUCUCUCACUUCAGGCAGCUGCACACCCCGACCAACACACUGCUCCUGUCCCUGGCAGUGAGCGACCUGAUAGUGGGGCUGCUGGUGAUGCCCAUCGAGAGUCUGCAUUACACUGAGAUGUGCUGGCUGCUGGGGAGCUUCAUGUGCGCUCUCGCUCCUUAUAUGUCUUUCUGUCUGAUCUCCGUCUCAGUGGGCAACAUGGUGCUCAUAUCCAUAGAUCGCUACAUGGCCAUCUGUGACCCACUCCUCUAUUCCUCUAAGAUCACACUGACUAAGGUUAGGAUUUCAGUGACAAUAUGCUGGGCCUGCUCUAUCAUCUACAACGGCCUGAUUCUAAUGGACCACAUCACGUGGCCGAACAGGUUCAGCUCCUGCCAUGGAGAGUGUGUGGUGGUUAUUAGCCACCUCUCAGGCACCGUUGACCUCUUUGUUACAUUUGUGGGGCCCUGCUGCGUCAUGAUUGGUCUGUAUGUGCGGGUGUUUGUGGUUGUUGUUUCUCAGGUGCGUUUGAUUCACUCACACAGAAGAAGAACAACGACAGCAGCUGCUGCGGCGGCGGCGGCUGCCAAUCAGAAAAAGGCCCCAACUGCUAAGAUAUCAGAGAGGAAGGCAGCCAGGACUCUUGGGAUUGUGAUAGCUGUGUUUCUAAUUAGCUUCUGCCCGUAUUACUACCCGUCUUUCACAGGUCAGGACAUCUCAUAUACCCUGUCCUACAUUGCCGGUGUGUCCUAUGUGAUGAUGAUGAACUCGUGCAUAAACCCGUUGAUUUACGCUCUCUUCUACCCGUGGUUUAGAAAAGCCAUCAAACUCAUCGUGACGCUUGAGUUUCUGAAGCCUCACUGCAGGGACAUCAAGUUUCUGUAG